CACUUACCACCCUUCAGAACACAUGAGUUUAGCUAUAAGGGCACUUUCUUUUCCUGAAAAGCCACUUCAUUAGUUGGUGACCAAAGGUUUCAGCUCGAUGUUGCAAGUUUCCUAACACCUUUUGUUCAUUUCCCAUCACAGUUUUUUCCUUUUCCAUUUCCCCUUUCUGCGUGGUGUGACAUUGCUGUCAUCACAUUGCGAUUACUGAAUUAUAAUGUUUAUUUAGUCCUAGAUUAAACAGAGUGACAGACUGUUAGAAGUAGCAAACCUAAAGCCCUGGGGAAUCAAAACCUGGAUCUUGCCGUGAAAAGGGCACGAAAAGAUAAUUAGAAGUGUUCAAGAAAAGAAAAAGGAUAAUCAGAAAAUAACAAUGAUAAUGAUGCAGUUCUAGGUGGUGUCAGGUAACAGGUAGAAGCUCCCUGGGGUGACAAAGCAGAAAAAGAAGAUAAUCAGAAGUGUUCAAGAAAAGAAAAAGGAUAAUCAGAAAAUAACAAUGAUAAUGAUGCAGUUCUAGGUGGUGUCAGGUAACAGGUAGAAGCUCCCUGGGGUGACAAAGCAGAAAGAGAAGAUAAUCAUAAGUUUUCAAGAAAAGAAAAAGGAUAAUCAGAAAAUAACAAUGAUAAUGAUGCAGUUCUAGGUGGUGUCAGAUAACAGGUAGAAGCUCCCUGGGGUGACAAAGCAGAAAGAGAAGAUAAUCAGAAGUGUUCAAGAAAAGAAAAAGGAUAAUCAGAAAAUAACGAUGAUAAUGAUGCAGUUCUAGGUGGUGUCAGGUAACAGGUAGAAGCUCCCUGGGGUGACAAAGCAGAAAGAGAAGAUAAUCAGAAGUGUUCAAGAAAAGAAAAAGGAUAAUCAGAAAAUAACAAUGAUAAUGAUGCAGUUCUAGGUGGUGUCAGGUAACAGGUAGAAGCUCCCUGGGGUGACAAAGUAGAAAAAGAAGAUAAUCAGAAGUGUUCAAGAAAAGAAAAAGGAUAAUCAGAAAAUAACAAUGAUAAUGAUGUAGUUCUAGGUGGUGUCAGGUAACAGGUAGAAACUCCCUGGGGUGACAAAGCAGAAAGAGAAGAUAAUCAUAAGUGUUCAAGAAAAGAAAAAGGAUAAUCAGAAAAUAACAAUGAUAAUGAUGCAGUUCUAGGUGGUGUCAGAUAACAGGUAGAAGCUCCCUGGGGUGACAAAGCAGAAAGAGAAGAUAAUCAGAAGUGUUCAAGAAAAGAAAAAGGAUAAUAAAAAAAUAACAAUGAUAAUGAUGCAGUUCUAGGUGGUGUCAGGUAACAGGUAGAAGCUCUCUGGGAUGACAAAGCAGAAAGAGAAGAUAAUCAGAAGUGUUCAAGAAAAAAAAAGGAUAAUCAGAAAAUAACAAUGAUAAUGAUGCAGUUCUAGGUGGUGUCAGGUAACAGGUAGAAGCUCCCUGGAUGACAAAGCAGAAAGAGACCGGCACUGAAAUGCCCAGCCAUUAGCUACAGCUAGGGUGCAAACCUAAUGACACUCGUUGUCAGGAGUCGUUGUUAAUCACUCACAUGGUAGAAGCUCACUGUCAAGAAUCCAAGAUGCAUGAGCUCACUGCUUACCUGGUGGCAAGAAGCCAUUAGCAGUAGCAGUAGCAGCAGCAGCAGCAGUAGCAGUAGUAGUAGUAGUCGGUGUAGCAGGUGGCGUCUGCUGCUCCGGUUUGGUGGUGGUGUGUUGGAGACGCCGUCUCGGCAUAGGUGCUUGGCUCCCUGACGAAAGUCAUGCUCGACUUCGGUCUGGGCUGGUGGCGAAUGAUGCCUUCGGGUGUGAUUUUGCCUUGUUGGAGGCGCCAUCGAGGGGAUCCGACACCUCUCCCUGCUUCGAGUUCUUGUCUCCCGGUGAAAACCGUGUGUAAUGGUGGCGCCAUUGGCGUUAUUACUUUGUUGAAAGCAUUGCCUUGGAGUCAAGUUGGAUGCCGGGAGCACUUGGUAGUGGUGGCGCGGUGGAUCUGAAGCGGGCAGCGUUUUGGUGUGCUUGGUGCCGUUGGUGGUGCAUCCGUCUGGGCUGGUCGUUGGUCGGCAGGAGAGGAGCUCCUCUCGGUGACAUGUCCGUCGGGGGCGAUGGUGGUGGGCACUUGGAGCGCACACGACAUGCUUGCAGCGCCUGGCGAGUCAGGUUGGGCGCCCUCUCGGGAUCGGAGAGGCACAUGUUCGCUCCUCUUUCGUCGGACAUGUCGUUUCUCUCCGGCGACGGUGAUGUCGUCUUACAUGCUCGUGGCGGUCUUUUUGGCCUCUAGGCGUUUCCUGUAUGUCCUGUGCCUGAGCCUAGGUGUGGUGUGCUCUUUGUAAAGGUUUUAGCUCGGUUUCCCUUAAUUAACCGAACAUCGGAUUCUUUACCGCUUCUUCUAAUCAAUCGAAAUACGCAGCUCUCCUGCGUCUAUUUCAAAAAAAAAUAGUAGCAGCAGCAGCGGCAGCAGCAGUAGUUCGUUGUGCUCUCUCCUUGGGUCGCGGUUUCGCUCUGCGAUGGCGACGGGUAAGAGUUUGCUGGAUUUGGGGUUUCAGCGUGGAGGGGCUAGGUUGGCCGGACUAACGGUGGAUCAAGUGUUGGAGAGUGCGGGAGGGCCAGAAGGAGUAAAUGGGCAAAUCCUGGCGCCAGAGUCGGAGACGCCGGCAACCGACCGAAUCGGCGGAGCCGGCGACGACGGCGAGACGUCGAGGGCGGAGUUUUUUCUUUUUUUGAGAGAGAGGGAAGUCGAGCGCGGAGGUGAGCCCGAGCCCACCAGUUUGCUUCCGUCAGACUCCGCUCUUCUGCAGCCCGGCCCAACCAAAGCCCGACGCAAAGAUUUGGUGGACGCGGGCCACGCCCGCUCGCUCCUCCUUCCAGCGCGCUUCUCUGCUCUGCUUCUUUCUUUGUGCUCACCCUCCUCCGCCGCCCUAGCACGGCGCCGCACUCCGCCUGCUCGCCAGCUCCAACCAGCGCUUCAACCUCGACCGGCGGCCAGCAUAGCUCCGCGCGGCGCCGCUCGGCCGUUCCCUGGAGAACGGAACUCAUUAGUAACCGGAGCAAAAAUCAAUCCCUUCCUCUUCCUCCAGCCGGCAGCGACCCAGCCGUGGCCGGCGGCCAAGUGGGCAGCGGGGCUGGGCUAGUAGGCAGAGACGGUCGAUCAUCAAGCACCGGAAGCGGCGGCGUGCGUGUGAUUCAGCGUUCUCCCUGCUGUGAUGCGAUGACUGCUCUGAGGGAUUAGUCUGCACAAUAUUAUGCUUUUCAACUUGCCAAGAGUCACAACACCAAUUGCUGUACGGUGGUUCAUCUCAGUUGCAAAUGCAGCAGGCUUUGGUCGAGAUGUUUCUCCUGUUCAUUUCGCCGCCCUGUUAAAGGAAUGCAGGUCGGUGAAUGCAGUCCAUCAAGUUCACCAGCAGCUCAUUUCUUCGGGUCUUCUUUCUUAUCCAGCGUCGUUGUUGGAAGUAUCAUUUCCACCUUUGCCAUCUCAGCCGUAUUUAUCACCAAGAUCUUUGGGUACUGGUGUCGUAGCUGCUUAUCUUGCGUGUGGUUCCAAAGAUGAGGCUCUCACAGCAUUGGAGCAUGUUGUGCCGUCUCCAGCUGUCUGGUGGAAUCUACUCAUCCGAGAACACAUCAAAGAGGGCCACCUUGAACAUGCCAUUGCAGUAUCUUGCCGGAUGCUGCGUGCUGGAACCAGACCGGACCAUUUUACUCUGCCGCAUAUACUAAAGGCCUGUGGAGAGCUACCCUCGUACCGUUGUGGUAUCACACUCCAUGGACUUAUAUGCUGCAAUGGUUUUGAGUCAAACGUCUUUGUAUGCAAUGCAUUGGUGGCGAUGUAUGCCCGCUGUGGUUCACUGAAGGAAGCCAGCCAGGUUUUCCAGGAAAUAGCUCAGAGGGGAAUUGAUGAUGUCAUAUCAUGGAAUUCAAUUGUUGCAGCCCAUGUUAAACAUAAUAGUCCAUGGACUGCGUUGGAUAUGUUCUCGAAAAUGUCAAUGAUUGUCCAUGAGAAGGCUACAAAUGAUAGGUCUAACAUCAUUAGCAUUGUCAACAUUCUUCCUGCAUGUGCUUCUCUGAAGGCACUACCCCGAACUAGAGAAAUUCAUGGAAAUGCCAUUCGGCAUGGUACAUUUCCAGAUGUUUUUGUAGGCAAUGCUCUGGUUGGUACUUAUGCAAAAUGUGGUUCAAUGAAGGAUGCGGUAAAGGUUUUCAAUAUGAUGGAAAUAAAAGAUGUUGUUUCUUGGAAUGCAAUCGUGACUGGCUACUCCCAAAGUGGCAACUUUGAGGCAGCCUUUGAGAUUUUUAAGAAUAUGCGCAAGGAAAACAUCUCAGCAGAUGUAGUGACCUGGACUGCUGUAAUUGCUGGGUAUGCUCAGAGAGGAUGUGGCCAAGAGGCACUCAAUGUUUUCCGACAAAUGCUCUUUUCUGGUUCAGAGCCAAAUUCUAUCACAAUCAUCUCUGUGCUGUCUGCUUGUGCUUCCUUGGGAGCAUAUUCUCAGGGUAUGGAAACUCAUGCCUACUCUCUGAAGAAUCGUCUUCUAUCUUUGGAUAACCAUUUUGGUGGUACUGGCGAUGAGGAGGAUCUCAUGGUGCACAAUGCUUUAAUAGAUAUGUACUCAAAGUGCAGAAUCUUCAAAGCUGCACGUUCUAUAUUUGACUCUAUACCCCGAAAGGAACGUAAUGUGGUGACUUGGACUGUGAUGAUAGGUGGGUAUGCACAAUAUGGGGACUCUAAUGAUGCCCUCGAGCUUUUCUCACAGAUGCUCUCGAAACCACACGCAGUUGCCCCGAAUGCAUUUACGGUUUCCUGCAUUCUGAUGGCCUGUGCACAUCUGUCAGCCCUGCGUGUUGGUAAGCAAAUCCAUGCUUAUGUGGUUCGUCAACAUCAAUAUGAAGCAUCUACAUACUUUGUGGCAAACUGUCUUAUUGACAUGUACUCAAAGUGUGGUGAUGUCGAUACAGCUAGGUAUGUAUUUGAUGGCAUGUCACAAAGGAAUGACAUUUCAUGGACAUCAAUGAUGGCAGGAUAUGGGAUGCAUGGUCGUGGCAAUGAGGCCCUGGAAAUAUUUGACAAGAUGCAAAUGGCAGGCUUUGUUCCUGAUGAUAUAUCAUUCCUGGUUGUUCUAUAUGCUUGCAGCCAUUCUAGAAUGAUUGAUCGAGGCCUGGAUUACUUUGACAGCAUGAGCAGAGAUUACGGUGUGGCUGCCGGUGCAGAGCAUUAUGCUUGUGUCAUUGACUUGCUGGCCCGCUCCGGGCAGAUAGAUAGGGCAUGGAAUAUGGUCAAAGACAUGCCAAUGGAGCCUACUGCAGUAGUCUGGGUUGCAUUGCUUAGUGCGUGUAGAGUACAUUCAAAUGUAGAACUUGCUGAAUAUGCUCUUAACAAGCUAGUUGAGAUGAAUGCAGAGAAUGAUGGAUCUUACACGCUCAUCUCCAACAUAUAUGCUAAUGCAAGGCGUUGGAAGGAUGUAGCCAGAAUCAGAAACCUGAUGAAGAACUCCGGGAUUAAGAAGAGGCCCGGUUGUAGUUGGGUCCAGGGUAAGAAAGGAACUGCGUCUUUCUUCGUUGGAGAUCGAUCGCAUUCUCUAUCCCCUCAGAUUUAUGCCCUUCUGGAGAGACUGAUUGAUCGCAUCAAAUCUAUGGGUUAUGUCCCUGAGACAAAUUUUGCACUCCACGAUGUCGAUGAUGAGGAGAAAAAUAACCUGCUUGCUGAGCACAGCGAGAAGCUUGCUCUCGCAUAUGGCCUCCUCACAACUUCCCCUGGUUGUCCAAUAAGGAUCACAAAGAACCUGCGCGUUUGCGGUGAUUGCCACAGUGCUUUCACCUACAUCUCAAAGAUUGUUGACCAUGAGAUCAUUGUGCGGGACUCCAGUCGCUUCCAUCAUUUUAAGAAUGGUGUGUGCUCUUGUGGUGACUAUUGGUGAUGGCUUCUGAGGCUGAAGCAUAAACUGAAAGUGCAUUCCAAUUGGUUUUUGUACACUGAAUGCACUCUUAGGAGAACUGAUUAACCGCUGAAGAGCUGAAUAGUUUCUCCUCGCCGUUGCUAUUUUCUUUACUAAUAUUUCACAGUUCACUUAAGAGGUAUCACCUGCAGAGUGUUGAUAUUUUCUCACAUCUUCAUUUGUUAUGCUGAUUUCAUUAGAAAAAAGUACAAUUGAAAUCUAUACUUUUCUUGAAAAAUGUGUUUUGUCUGUCAGUAUAUAUACUUACGUUCAGUUUUUGUCAGGCCAAAUAGAGAUUAAUCAU